UGAGUCCACUCCAGGCGGGGUCUCAGACUGGACGCGGGGCCCCUGGCGACGUGUGACCCGCCCCCGGCCGGCCGCAGCACCGGCGUUUGUAAGUGUGUGUGGGACCCAGCCGGCCCUGCACCGCCCUCUCUGAGGCUGCAGAGAGGCGCUCCGCCUGGGGCACUAUGAAGGCCGCAGAGCUUUCCUCUGCAUCUCCGCUGGAAGCGGCUAGUUGGAGUGUUCUGUUGACAGUAGUGAGGGGGAGAAGCAGAGCUGCAGCUGUCGCUUUGCAGCGCCUGUAGGACUUCAAGGGCCCGAAGCCCCUGCCGGUUCUCUGUAGAGAACCCCAGUUUUCUUGUAUCUGGAACACAGUACCUGCCUCCUUUCCUGACACUUAAGUAAAAUAGAGGGCUGUCGUCUGGGGGAAGCUACCUGAGCCGUUCAGCCAUGGAGGCCGACACAGUGUCCCCUAUCCAGGAGACCUCUGCCCAGUCUUUACGUAAUUUAAGUAAUCUGUGGGGUAGCCGGAAGCUGAUGAUUGUGGGGAUCUUACUUGGCUGGCUUCUAGUUAUCCACCUUCUGGUUAACGUGUGGCUUCUGUGCCUUCUCUCAGCGUUGCUAGUGGUGCUGGGAGGAUGGCUAGGCUCCAGCUCCAUUUUGGGGCUUUCAGGUCGACUACACCUGGAGCGGUUCAUCCCAGUGGCCACCUGCCCUCCAUGCCCUGAGGCAGAAAGGCAGUUGGAGCAGGAGAUCAACAGCACCAUCCAGAUGAUUAUUCGAGAUUUUGUGUUAUCCUGGUAUCGUUCAGUGAGCCAGGAGCCAGCCUUUGAGGAAGAGAUGGAGGCGGCCAUGAAAGGGUUGGUGCAGGAACUUCGGAGGAGGAUGGGUAUGGUGAACARUCGUGCUCUUGCCCAGAGAGUUAUGACUCUCUGUGGUUGUCACCUGCAGAGCUACAUUCAGGCAAAGGAGACCUUUACAGAGAAGCAGAGUGGUCYAGUCCAGCCUUCCCAGCUCUGGGAGGCUUAUUGCCAGGUUACUGCCCCACAUCCUGCUAUGCACAAUCCUAGUACAGAGGUCACCUAUACCCGUGGCAUUGUGAAUUUGUUACUUCAAGGACUGGUGCCCAAGCCCCACUUGGAGACUAGAACUGGACGCCAUGUGGUGGUUGAACUCAUUACUUGCAAUGUAAUCUUACCACUGAUCAGCAAGCUGUCAGAUCCUGACUGGAUUCACCUUUUACUUGUGGGUAUCUUUUCCAAGGCCAGAAAUGAUUCAGCAAAAAUAGAUAAAUCACUCUUCCCACCCAGUUCCUUGGAACAGCACUCAGUGCCCACAUCUCUACCACUGAUUGUUGAGGUGRAAACUCUGCCAGAACGAAGAGCCCCUUCUCCAGUAGAAGCCUCUGUGCUCCUAAACUGUAGUGAGCCAGGCCCUUCCCCAGAGGUUGAAGAAGGCCAUGAAGCUGUAGAGGCAGAUAUGGCUGGGAUACUUGAAGAAAGAAAAGUAGGAAACAACUCAUCUCAUUUCCUACAGCCAGAUAUUCGAGGCCCCCUGUUCUUAUGUGAAGACUCAGAACUGGAGUCUCCACUGUCUGAACUGAGCAAAGAAACUAUCAUGCUCAUGACCCCAGGCAACUUCCUCUCUGACCGGAUCCAGGAUGCCCUAUGUGCCUUAGAGGAUUCCCAGGCUCUGGAACAAAAGGAAGGUGAGGGAUCYGAGGGCAAUGAAGGAGCAGAGACUGAGGAGGGGUCAGGGACAGAAACAGGCCUGCUGGUCUCCAUGCUGAACUCCUGCCCAGAGAUCCAAAUUGACACAGCAGACAAGGAGGUAGAGCAAGGAGAUGACACCUCUCUUACAGCUUUGUUGGAGGAGCCAAAAAAGAUUCAGCCCCUGCGACCCUCGUGCUUAGAUAAUAAGGAUCUCAUCAAUGAUAUGAGCUCCCUUGAUCCAACUCUGCCACCAGUUCCACUUUCUUCCUCUCCACCUGGUCCUCUCAGCUCAACCACUUUCAGCUUUGAGCCCCUGAGCAGUCCAGAUGGCCCAGUUGUCAUCCAGAACCUUCGUAUCACUGGUACCAUUACUGCCCGAGAGCACAGUGGCACUGGAUUUCACCCGUAUACACUCUACACUGUAAAGUAUGAGACAGCUUUUAACAGUGAGAACAGCAGUGCCCUGCAGCAGCUGGCCUACCACACUGUGAACCGCCGAUACCGGGAAUUCUUGAACCUGCAGACCCGCCUGGAGGAGAAACCAGAUCUACGAAAGUUCAUCAAAAAUGUGAAAGGUCCUAAAAAGCUCUUUCCAGAUCUUCCAUUUGGCAACAUGGAUAGUGACAGAGUGGAAGCCCGAAAGAGCCUUCUGGAAUCAUUCCUCAAGCAACUCUGUGCCAUUCCUGAAAUCGCUAACAGUGAAGAGGUGCAGGAAUUUCUUGCUCUGAACACAGAUGCUCGAAUUGCCUUUGUCAAGAAACCAUUCAUGGUCUCCAGAAUAGAUAAGAUGGUGGUGAAUGCUAUUGUGGAUACCUUGAAGACAGCAUUUCCUCGCUCUGAACCCCAGAGCCCCACAGAGGAGCUGAGUGAGGCCGAGAACGAAAGCAAGUCCCAGACAGAAGGCAAGAAGGCUAGCAAGUCCAGACUGAGGUUCUCAUCCAGCAAAAUUUCUCCAGCACUGAGUAUGAAUGAAGUACAUGAAAAGAUUCUCUAUUGUCUCCAGGAGCGCAAUGUGGAGUCAGAGAUCCUAUCCAUGUCUGGGAUGGAAUCCUUUAUUGAAAAGCAGACAAAGUUACUGGAAAUGCAGCCAACAGAAGUCCCAGUAAAAGAUCCAGAACAAAUCUCCAAAGACUAUGUGGAUGAUUGCUUGUCAGGUACAACCAUGCUAUCCCAGGACCUCAGCAGCAGUGAUGCAGGAACAGAAACAGAGUUAGCUGACACAGCCCUGAAUCUAAUCCUCUUGCUGUUAAUGAAACAGUGGAAAUGGCUAUGUACUGAAAACAUGCAGAAAUUUCUUCAUCUUAUCUUUGGGACCCUAAUUCAAAGGUGGCUAGAAGUGCAGGUAGCUAAUCUCACAUGUCCACAGCACUGGGUGCAGUACCUCCGGCUUCUUCGGGAGUCCAUCUGGCCUGGUGGAGUUCUUCCCAAGUUUCCGCGGCCUGUAAGGACUCAGGAACAGAAAGUGGCUACUGAGAAGCAAGCUUUGCAGAGCCUGAUGGGAGUCCUGCCAGAUUAUUUAAUAGAAAUCCUAGGGGUGAACAAAUGCCAGUUGAGCUGGAGUCUAGUCUUGGAGUCAUUACAGCAGCCACUCAUCAACAGACAUUUGAUUUACUGCCUUGGAGACAUCAUCAUAGAAUUCUUGAAUCUCAGUGCAUCUGAUGAGGAAUCUGCCUCAAACACUUCUGCCUCAGAUACCCCAGGCAUCCCCAAGAGGAUGGGAGUCUCCUCUUAACUAGGGGUUAUUCACAUGAUCUUCACAGAUUAAGAAAGGAGACUUAGCCCAGAGACCAAUCAGGAUGCCUGGACCUCAGGAAUCACCUUACAAGGCCUAGGUUUCAGUGGCUCAAUUCUCCUAUGAGUCCCACUCCAUUUGUAGCAGGUGACAAGGAUGUAUAUGUACAAUUGCAUGCAUAUUCAUGU